AUGUCUUUAAUAAACAAACCCGCUCCAACAGACCUAACUUUGAAAAAUCAAGACGGUGAAGAUGUUUGUCUUGGUGAUUUCGUUGGUAAAAAGCCUACAAUUGUAUUUUUUUACCCUAAAGACGAAACAUACGGAUGUACUAAAGAGGCUUGCUCUUUUCGUGACUCUCAUUCUGUUUUCUCUGAAGCUGGUGCUAUUGUGGUUGGUAUUUCUGCCGAUUCACCCGAAAGCCAUAAAAGAUUUGCAGAAAAUCAAAAUUUACCAUACCAAUUAUUAUCUGAUCCAAAUGGCGAGGCAAAAAAAGCUUUUGGUGUUUCAGAUACCUUUGGUUUCUUACCUGGUCGUGUAACUUAUCUCAUCAAUAGGGAGGGUAUCGUUCAGGAUGUCUUUAGUUCUCAACUUGAUUUCAAGGGUCAUGCUAAAAAGGCCGUGGAAUUCAUUAAAUCUCAUGCAUGA